AGAAGAUUAGUUAAUAAAAUGGGCAAAUGGCUCAUUGACAAAAACAAGUGAAAAACCCUAAAGCCAAAUUAGGUUCGGCUAGUGAGUACCCUUUAUAUUAAUAGGCAUGUUCCUUGUAACUCUUAACUAAAACCUAACAUCUUCCACUCUUUGCUUCUUCUACAAGACUCUGACGGCCGACAAAAAAGAGUCUCGGUCACGCUAUGGACAUACUUUUAGACCUUUCCUCGCGAAUCGCAGCUAGGAAGGCCGUGGCUUUACAUGAAUCUCGGCGCAAAGAGCUGCUGCUAUUAAGAAAUCCCUCAAGACUUUUCCUAAGGAUGUUGUUUGAGCGGUUUACCGAGGAAGCAAUGAAAGCUAUAAUGCUGGCCGAAGAGGAUACCCGCAGGUUUGGCCACGUAUAUGUAGCGACUGAUCACAUACUUGUGGGUCUACUACUUGGCCCCGAAAACAUUGCUGCAAAGGUUCUUGAAUCCAUAGGAAUCAAUGCUAAAGAUGCGCGUGUGGAGGCUAUAAAAAUAGUUGGGCAACGAGGAUUUAAUGAGCCUAUUGAGGUUGAAAAGAUGGAAACCAGGGCAAUAAAUAUCCCAUUUGGACCCCGUGCUAAGCACAUUCUGGAGUUAUCAUAUGAAGAAGCUCGGAAACUUGGGCAUGACUAUAUUGGAUGUGGACAUCUUCUGCUUGGUAUGCUUAGCGAUGAAAGAUGUUUAGCUGCUCAGUCUCUGGCCAAUUGCGGUGCAAACGCUAGCAACAUGCGGACAGAGGUUAUACGCAUGAUGGCGGAAAACAACAAUGAGACAGUAUUGGAGAGAAGUUGUGAACCAAAUGUUGUAGAUGAUGCUCAGAUUGAUGAGGAAGUAAGAGAGCGUGAAAAGAAAAUCAACCUGAAAAUUCAAGAGAGGUACAAACUUAUGUGUGAAAGCCCAGAUUUUGAAAAGGCUGGUUCGCUUCUUGGUGAGAUAAAGGCUCUACGCAUGGAGAUAUAUCAUCUUCAGGCCAAAAAGGAAAAGCAGAUAAUGUGGAGCAGAAUGUGGAGCUGUUGACUGGCAAAUAGAUGUGGGAUGAAUAAACGUGAUGUAGCGCAUCUUUCAUCUUCAUAAGUGCACAUUUCUCUUGUUAAGUUAAUUUCAAUAGCCAGUUUUUCUUUUCUUUUUAAGGUUUUAUGUUGUGGCCAGUCCGCUUUGGGAUCAUGUAAUAUGAUUAAGUCCGGUGUGCAUGGCUAAGGAACAUAAACGAUGUGACAUCUUCCUAAUACAAUUCUUUUGCUUAUAA